AUGGGUGUCGGAUUCCGCCAACGUGUGUCUAUUCAUGUUGGAGUACGGACAAGGAAGAAGCUUAGCGAUGCAGCUUCCUUCACAAAGUGCAUCCAGGACGCUGCAAGGGAAACGCUCCCGGUUCUAUUGCCGCGGAAGAAGUUUGCCUUUGCAUCUGCGAAAACAAAAUUCACGUAUAAUUCUGUAUAUGUCGCGUGCAGUGCUGGUGACUUCAACCAGGAAAAGCAUCUUAGAAGGAAGCUGCGUCGUCAACUGCAACAAGAUCGCGAUAGCGAGUGCACGUCAAAAGCGAUGGAGUUUGAGAAGGCGUGGGAGGACAGGAACCCGCGGUACACCUAUGCUCUACUAAAACAGUAA